CAUUGCUGCCUUUUGUUGAACCAAUCUUCUCCUCCUCCUCCUCCUCUCUGUUUGCUUUGUCUGUUUCUUUGCAGCUUCUUCACCGGGACUUAUGGCGGUCCAGCAACCUUCUACUACUCACCUCGAGCCUUGGAACACGCUGCACGGAAAAGUGGUGAUGGUCACCGGAGCUUCUUCCGGCCUCGGUCGCGAGUUUUGUCUCGAUCUUGCUAAAGCCGGUUGUAAAAUUGUCGCCGCCGCUCGGCGAGUCGAUAGACUUCAAUCUCUCUGUGAAGAAAUUAAUCGACUCGAUUUUGCUUCAUCUUCUUCCGUCUCGGCGGUUGAUGGCCCACGCGCGGUGGCUGUGGAGCUCGAUGUUAGUGCAGAUGAGAAGAGCAUCGAGAAAUCCGUCAGAAAUGCAUGGGAUGCGUUCGGAUUUAUUGACGCGUUGGUGAACAAUGCAGGUUUUCGAGGUACUGUGAAGACUUCUCUAGAAUUGUCUGAAGAGGAAUGGGAUCAAGUGAUGGGAACAAAUAUUAAAGGAUCUUGGUUAGUAUCGAAACAUGUGUGCACACGCAUGCGUGACACAAAACGAGGCGGAUCGGUGAUCAGUAUUUCUUCGAUUUCUGGUAUUGAAAGAGGGCAACUACCUGGUGGCCUUGCCUAUGCUGCUUCAAAGGUAGCCAUAAACACUUUGACAAAGGUUAUGGCUCUUGAAUUAGGGCCACACAACAUCAGAGUAAAUUCUAUAGCACCGGGACUUUUUAAAUCUGAGAUUACAGAGGGACUUCUAAAGAAAGAUUGGCUAAAGACUGUAGCAUUCAAAACUACCCCUCUAAGAACAUUUGGAACUUCUGAUCCAGCGCUAACAUCGCUCAUCCGUUAUCUCGUGCACGACUCUUCUAGGUACGUCUCGGGUAACGUUUACAUUGUCGAUGCGGGAGCUACAUUACCUGGUUUCCCCAUUUUCUCAUCUCUUUGAAGAAAAAAUUACUAUUUUUCUACUAUUUAUUAGCUUAUUAGUUGCAAGAAGUUUAUCAUCUUUUAUGCUCCAAGUUUAUCAUCUUUUUGGAAGAUUGUUCUUUUAGAAAUUGAUUGCAAGCCCCAGGAUGUUCCAUUGCU